AGAGAACCUAGCAAGGCAAUGGCGUCGGCAUGCUGUUUGGAGGCGGGUAAGCCGCUGCAGGCAGAGUACAACCCUGUUGGCAAGAUGGAAACGUUCGAGGGAAACAACAUGUACGUCACUGGAUCAGGAUCCCAUGCCGUCAUUGUCAUCUACGACAUUUUCGGCUUUCAGGACCAGUGCCCUCAGGUGAAGCAAGUUUGUGAUCGUCUUGCUGCCUACGGCUUCCUCGUUGUCGUCCCCGACAUCUUCGUCAACAACAACAACAAGCCAUGGCCUAUCGACAAGUUCCCUCCCAAGCCUGAGGACAACCUCUCAGCUUGGAUCGCUGGUUCCGAUGGCAGCUUCUUCUACACAGAGUGUCUGAGCCAGCUGCAGGUGUGCAAGAAGUACCUUGCGGGCAAGGGCGUCACCUCCCACAGCACCAUGGGCUUCUGCUGGGGAGGAUACAUCUGCAUGCGCUUCGGUGGUGAGGCCACCGAGGGACUUCGCAGCACCAUCGCCGUGCAUGCGGCCUUCUGGGACAAGGAGAAGGACUUUGCCAAGAAUCUGAAGGUUCCCAUCUGUGUCGUCGCUGCCAAGGGCGACCCC